GGCAUUGCAUGUCACUGCUGCCUGCUAGGUUUAAAAAUUGUUCUUGAGACAUCAUGGUUUUCUAUGUUGUUGAAAGCCAAAGUGUAAGGGAGAACUUUUCAAAGACGGCAUGACUCACUGAACGGUGAGAAUAUCACAAAGUGUACAGGCAGCUGUGUUCACAAGACUGUUCUAAACUGACAGUUAACUUUUCAGUUGAAGUGUUAUGACCAGGGAGGAAGGUUACAGAGAAGAAUUUAGCUAUGACAGGAUGCCAACUUUGGAGCGUGGAAAACAAGAGAAUGGAAAUUAUAUACCAGAUAUCAAAUCCAGUGACCUUCAGCUAUCAAAGAGGCUGCAUCCUUGCUUUAGUUACAGAACAUGGAUCUUUUCUUUGCUGAUGGGAACUUGCCUCCUUAUUACUUCUGGCUUUUCACUAUAUCUGGGAAAUAUUUUUCCAUCUGAAAUGGAUUAUUUACGUUGUGCAGCAGGUUCAUGUAUUCCUUCAGCAGUUGUGAGCUUUGCUAUAGCAAGGAAUAAAAUUAAUGUGAUACCAAAUUUUCAGAUUCUGUUUGUCUCUACAUUUGCUGUUACAACAACGUGUUUAAUUUGGUUUGGAUGCAAACUUGUCCUCAAUCCAUCAGCUAUAAAUAUAAAUUUCAACUUGAUUCUACUUAUUCUGCUGGAAAUCUUCAUGGCAACUACUGUGAUUAUUUCAGCUAGGUCUACUGAAGACUGCUGUACGAGAAAGAAAAAUACUGCAUAUGACAGUACCAUCGUUUUGAGCAAUGUCAGUUUUCCGACUCGAAUUCUGAAGUCGUACUCAGUAAUCGAGGUGAUUAUUGGAAUUUCAUCAGUGUUUGGUGGAAUAAUUGCUUUGAAUAUGGAUGUUCUAGUGUCAGGUCCAUAUCUUUCAGUAACGUUCUUUUGGAUCUUAGUUGCUUGCUUUCCAAGUGCUAUUGCAAGUCACGUAGCUGCUGAAUAUCCCAGUAAAUGUCUGGUUGAGGUCCUGAUUGCCAUUAGCAGUGUUACCUCUCCUUUGUUGUUCACAGCUUCUGCAUACUUAUCCUUCAGUAUCAUGCAAGUUGUUGACAUCUUUAAAAGUUAUCCACCUGCUGUUAAACAAUCUUAUGAUGUACUCCUGUUGCUUCUGAUGUUGAUGCUGCUAAUUCAGGCAUGUCUUACUAUUGGGACAGUAAUACAGUGUGUAAAUUACAAGACAAAAAUGAAACUACAUGAUUCAUCUUGGACAGCAUCACAGGUUAAGAAACAGGAAUACAGAACAACAGAGGUUUCCAAUAAUACCUUAAAGGAAUUUGACAAAGACAAAGCCUGGAAAGCAGUUGUGGUGCAGAUGGCUCAGUAGUUUGGAUUCUGCAAAUGUGACCGAUACAGUACAAGCCAAUACAGUAAAUCAACUUUUUGAAUUAAGGCUUAAAAACUUUUCAGUUUAUAAACAGCAAUAUAGUUACAGCAGUAGAGCCAAGGGAUAACACAGUAAAUAAUGUCUUUCUAAUAAUUUUGAAAUAUGUUGAUAAUAUUUUAACACAUCUGUCUUUUCUGUUGGUAUCUGUAUUCUAGUGUUGCUUUAGAAAAUACCUUAGAAAAAAGGUAAUGAGUCACAAGGAUUUACGCUGAUGACAAAAUAAAAUAUGACAAUAUGCAGUAGGCUUCGUAUAUUUGCAAGAGAUUGUUAUAACUGCAGUUAUGCAGUCAGUGUAACUGAUAAAUGCUUUUGUAAAGUUGUGAGUACAAGUCAUAAUUGAUAUUUUUGCUUAUACUUCACUUUUGUAGGAGUUGUGAAGUUGUUUUGCAUCUCAUUGCUUUUAUAUAAAUAAAAGUCUUUAUUAUGUGGAAACUCAAGAAUGUGAUUGACAUUGUAAUUGGAGAGGGAAAAACAGGCUGCUCUUUCCCAUUAACCUUCCAUUUUUGGACUGUUAGAUGGGGAAGGGGCUUCCUCUGAGUGGCCAGACACAAAAUCUACCCCCAUACAGAUUGCCUUUUCCUCCUAUGUCAAUUAUGUGUAUUAUUAUGUAUAUUAUUAUUAUUAUCCUCUAGAUUUCAAACCCUGUAAGAAUUUCCAUGCUAAUAGGUUUUUUGUUGUAACUAGGGAGAUAGCUGCUGACAAGGUGGUGGGGUUUUUUUGAUGUUUUUCUGGUUUUAUUGUUUUAUUGUUGUUUUUUGAAAGGUUCUAGAUGUUGAGGUUAAUUCUUUUUUAAUCUGAAAUAACCCAAAUCCUUUAGUCAGAGCUUGCUGAAAAGCUUGCCUCUUUGCUUUUGGGGAGGGGAAAUAAAGAGAGAGAAUGGUAUGUACAGUGUGGAGCCCUUCAGGAAUGCUUGCAUGUUUUCUUUUAAGUAUGAUUAAGUUAGAAUUUGGAUUGACCCUGAAGUAACAGUUGAGAUAUAUGACUGUAUGUAACAAGGGGAAGAAAUAUAUGGGAAUAAGAAAAGAGGUUGUCAUAGAGCUACCAGCCAUAGGUUCUGCUUUCCAGUGAAGAUGAACACCCCUGGUCUCCCUGCCUGGCCACGACUCUCUUCCUGCCUUGUUCAGCACAGCAGGGACUGCACAAUCUGCCAGGUACUAGGACUUUCCCCUGCACACCCAGGAAACUAGGAGCCCCACCAUGGGUACCACUCUGGAGGUUGAAUUCUUGCAUCCCAUGCAAGAAAGAAAUUCAUGGGGGUAAGAGGCAGGCUUUUAAAGCUGUGCAGGGCUGGCUGCUGGCAUGAGAAGCCUUUCUCAGGCAGAGAAACCUUCAUUGUAAAUCUCGCUCUCUGGGUAAAAGCUUUUGUAAUUCAAAGCAACACCCCCUGUGGCCUUUGCUACUGUCAGCCCUUCUUUGCCAAGUGAUUUUAUGUGUCGAUGUCUGACACAGAAUAAAUCUCGAUUGCUCGUAGCUUUAAUUAGGGUGCGCUGGUAGAUGAUCUGUUUCCACAGCACAACUGGGAAGCUUGUUCAAGGGAUAAAAAUCACCGUGAGGUCAGCUUGGUGAGGUAACAAUGUAUGUGCCAUGCUAUAAGGGUGGAACUGGGUGGAGAGUGUCCUUUCCUGCCUUGCUGUGUUCACUAGUUCAGUAGAAUUAGUGCUAUGGGUUACUGCUUAGUUUACAACGUGAGUUAGGGUCCUAGCUUAGAAGAAAAGAAGAAAGGAAAAAAAAUAGCCCGAGGUAAAAUAAACAAACAAAUCUGGCUGAAGGAUCUUCUGAAAAAGUAAAUUUGUGUGCAUCUGGUGCAUGAGUCCUUCCACUGCUACUAAUUUAGCUAGCAAAAGCUAGGAAAGUGGAAGGGGAAAAUUGCAAUUUUAAAAGCAUUUUUUAUUCCUGUCUGCUCCAGCAGGCAAAUUUCUUCUGCAUCUACCAGGAACAAGAACACACAGUUAGCUAUUGAUAUUUUUUUAUUGUUGUUUUUAGUAGUAACCUGUCUUAAAAGAACAGACAGGUUAGGAGGAAAAAUGCACUUGGGAUCCAAUUAAUCAAUUCUCACCUUUGGUGCUUUUAUCAACUGUUUUUCUGUUAAGACACAUGUCUAGUUAUGGCUAGAAAACCAGUAUGUGUGCACCUAAGCUCCUGUUAUGAACCUGGGCUUAAAAUAGAAUAAUAGAAUGGUUUGAGUUGGAAGGGAUCAUCUAGUUCCCACCCACCCUGCCAUGGGCAGGGACACCUCCCACCAGACCAGGUUGCUCAAAGCCCCAUCCAGCCUGGCCUUGAGCACCUCCAGGGAAGGGGCAUCCACAGCUUCUCUGGGCAACCUGUUCCAGUGUCUCACCACCCUCACAGUGAAAAAAUUCUUCUUUGACUGCUCAACUAGAAUGAGAGAUGUGGAACAAGUGGUACUCUGCCUCCCCCCUGACAACAGGAAUGUAGACCUCUUUUCAUAUCCUGAAAUGUCUCUAUGUCAAAUAGACUGUGCAUAAGUGUUUUUGUAUGUGCAUGUAUGUUCUGCGUGGGUAGUUUUGAGUUGAUAAAAGUUUUCCACAUCUUUCCUACCAUUCAUCUCCAGCAGCUGAAAGGGGAGAUUUUUACAAGGCAAAUGAGCUGACCUAACUCAGUGCAGGAAGGGAUUGUCUCCUCUGGCCUCUUCCCUUGUACUGGCUGUGGCUGGUAUCUGAUUAAAAACCAGAAGAUUUAUCAAUUAAAAUUUAUCGAUUAAAAAAAUGACUAGUUUCCUGCUGAUUUAGUUAGCCAGCUUAGCACGCUGCAAACUCACAGUGGCCAUCUUUAAAUCAUGGAUAUGGCUUCCUACCAACUAGAGGUAGAUCAACAGAAUAUUUGUCUUUUGUUAGUACUUCCUUUGUCCCUUUCCAUCACAUUCCUUGCCUAUGCUUUGCCUUGGUCAUAUGCCCCUUCUCUUCUCCAUUCCCUGUUUGAAAAAGUAGACUUGUACAUAAUCCAUACUUGAAAUUACAACUUUAGACUGACCAUGUAAUCAGUUUGUGUGUAAAUCACUGUCAUGUAUAGUUGGAGUUAAAGGAGUUUCUCAAAUAAAAAAAAUAUUGCAUGUUUUGUGA